AUGAUAGAUGGUGAAUUGCCAAGGGUAUUUCCGACUCAACAAGCAAACAAAUUCAAUGUGUACAUGUCAACAUUAUCAAGGUUAUUCAAGAGCAUCAAGCAAAAAAUGAAUGAGGGGAAUGUAAUUGAUGUCAGGUCCACGAAAUUGCGCAGAUGUUGUCCUAAACCAAGAGAAUAUUCAGAUGACUGGUUGAUGUUAGUUCCACUAUACAAUAGGACCACUGAAAGAAGCUAUGCAACAGCUUUGAAAAUUUCUCGUGUCACAUUGCAUAAUUUAAGGAAGAAGGGGAGGCUCAAAACACACAAAAGUAGCAACCAUUCAGCCCUUACCUCUAACCACAAGAUUGCAAGGAUUAAGUGGGCUUUAGCUCACAUAAAUCCCAUACUAGCAGAUGCAAAUCCAACAUUUGUUGAUAUGCAACAAGUUAUACAUAGUGACGAAAAAUGGUUCUACUUGAACCUAAAGGAAAUAAGCUACUACAUUCAAGAAAGUAUGGGAUAUUUUUUUGUGUACACCACAAGGGCAAAGAAAAAGGGCAAGAACAGGGAGGCAGGGACUCUUGAAACAGAAAAUGUCCAGAGUGUCAACAAAGUAGCCAUCACGAAAAUGUUAAUGAAGCAUAUAAUUCCAGCAAUACAGACACAAUGGCUUGAAAGUCUACCAAAGGAUGUGAUAAUUCAGUGGGAUAAUGCUAAGCCUCAUCAAAUCCCAAUGGAUGAUGAGUUCAGAGUAGCAUGUCAAACAAAUUGA